AUGCUCUCUCAGUUUGCCUCUCGAAACGCGGGCCGGGCGUCGGCGCUCAACGCCGCUCGCCGGCUGGCCAGAUUCGCGUCCGACUCCGCGCGUGUCGACGGCGCGUCCGGCGGCGGUGUGUCGUCGUUCAAAACCAACAAAAUUAUCGAGAACACGCUGGGCAACAAGCCCAACGUGGUGAUCCUCGGAUCCGGGUGGGGCGCGAUCUCGCUGCUGCAGCACAUCGACUCGCGCAGCUACAACGUGACCAUCGUGUCGCCCAGAAACUACUUUCUGUUCACGCCGCUGCUGCCCUCGACGCCCGUUGGGACCGUAGACGAGAAGUCGAUUAUCGAGCCCGUGGUGAACUUCGCGCUCAAGAAGAAGGGCAACGUGUCCUACUACGAGGCGCUGGCCACGGCCAUCAACCCGGAGAGAAACACGGUCUCCAUCAAGGCCGUGUCCACGGUGGCCCAGCUCGCGCAGCCCGACAACCACCUGGGCCUCAAUCAGCACGACGAGGCCGAAAUCAAGUACGACUACCUGGUCUCGGCCGUGGGCGCCGAGCCCAACACUUUCGGCAUUCCCGGCGUCGAGAAGCACGGCAACUUCCUGAAGGAGAUCCCACACUCGCUAGAGAUCCGCAAGCGGUUCCUGUCCAACAUCGAGAAGGCCAACCUGCUGCCUAAGGGCGACCCAGAGCGUAGACGCCUGCUGACCAUCGUGGUCGUCGGCGGUGGCCCCACCGGUGUAGAGACCGCCGGUGAGCUCCAGGACUACAUCGACCAGGACCUCAAGAGAUUCAUGCCCUCGGUCGCCGAGGAGGUCCAGAUCCAUCUGGUCGAGGCCCUGCCCGUCGUGCUGAACAUGUUCGAGCGCAAACUCACAUCCUACGCCCAAGACGUCCUGCAAAAGACCAGGAUCAAGGUCCACCUGAGAACCGCGGUUGCGAGAGUCGAGGAGGACCACCUGGUUGCGAAAACGAAGGCCGAGGACGGCGCCACCACCGAGCAGACCAUCCCCUACGGUACUCUGAUCUGGGCCACCGGUAACAAGGCUCUGAGCAUCGUCACCGAUCUCUUCAAGAAGAUCCCAGCACAGAACGACUCCAAGAGGGGCCUGGCAGUCAACCAGAACCUCUUGGUCAAGGGCUCCAACAACAUUUUCGCUGUAGGCGACAAUGCCUUCUCGGGGUUGCCCCCUACCGCUCAAGUGGCCCACCAGCAAGCCGAAUACCUUGCCAAGGUGUUGAGCAAGAUGGCCAAAUCCCCUAACUUUCACGCCGAAUUGGCCCAAAGAAAGGAGAAGGUCGACCUGUUCUUCGAGCAAAAGGGCAUCAAGCCAUUCAACUACACCCACUACGGUGCCCUAGCCUACCUGGGCGCUGAGAAGGCCAUUGCCAACAUUACCUACGGAAAGCGCUCUUUCUACACCGGUGGUGGUGUUUUGACCUUCUACGUCUGGAGAGUUACCUAUGCUAUGAUGAUAUUGUCUGCUAGAUCCAGAUUCAAGGUCAUCGCCGACUGGCUAAAGCUGGCGUUUUUCAAGAGAGACUGUUUCAAAGAAUUGUGA